AAAAGUUCAGUUACUCAAAAAAUCGAGGCACUCAAUGCAGCGAAAGUGGGCGAAAAAUGAAUCAACCGUGAGGGGAAAUUCGCCGCAGAGUGUCAGUUGAAAAAAUGGGAGCUAGCACGAAAACAAGUCGCUUUGCGGUAGGAUUCACUGCCGUGUCCUUCCUGUUCGUCCUGAUAGCCUUUGUGUCACCUUAUUGGCUGCAGCACGAUGGCCUCAACAGGUCUCCCAAGUUCCUGAAUCUCGGACUCUGGGAGGUAUGCUUCAGUCACUUCCAGGAUAUUAAUCGAUGGUACGAUGUACGCUUCAAGGGUUGCAUGUGGGUAUUUGAGGAAGAGUACUACAUCAUUCACGAUUUUCUGCUUCCGAGCUUCUUCGUGGCCACACAGUUCUUCUUUACCAUCUGCUUCACCCUCCUGCUCGUGUCACUCUUCCUCACUGCCCUGUUUCUGGUGUCCUCCAAAGAUGACGAUCGCUACAUCAUGCUUCUCCUAACAAAUGGAGCUGUCCAGGUGAUUGGAGCAAUCUGUGGCCUUAUUGCCGUGAUCACUUUUGGUGCCCGGGGUGAUGGACGGGAUUGGAUGCCCAAUUGGGAACAUAAUAAUAUGGGAUGGGCUUUUGCUCUGGCCGUCCUUGGUACCAUGAUCCUCUUCCCAGCUGGCAUUCUCUUCCUCAUUGAAGCUCGAAAGAUCAAGUACAAGCGACUCAACGAAAUUGGCACCAGAGAAGCCAGUUCCUACAGCAUGGAUGAUCGUAAGAUGCGUCCAGGAGCCAGUGGACACACUGACAUAUAAUCAGGAAGGACUUUUCUAAUCUUCUAGACAUCUAUCUAUCCGUCCAUCUUUAAAGUAUUCUCCGUAGUUUUAAGAUCACGAUGAAACUAUUGCCGUCCAUAUCGAGAAUCUCGCAAACGAGCCUGAUAUUAUUGUGAAUAAAGGCUCCUCUGCAGAUUUUUUACGUAUUGUUCUACACAUUUUCUUGUGUAAUAAACGAUUUUUAACUUUUUAGGAAAA